AUGCCACGGCGGUCGGCCUUCUGCCGUGCCGCUGCCGCGCUCAGCGCCGCAGCUGUUGGCACCGCCCUGGUUCCAACCAGGCUUUGCUUGGCAAUUUGCAAGCUUCUGCUGCUGCCGGACCAACUUCAGGUGAAGCAUGUGUUUGUGAACUUGGUGCAGUGCCGCGACCUCCUCCGUUGA